AUGCCGGACCACCCCUCUAGCCUUUUUCAACUUCUCCUCUUUAUCUCCAUCCUCCACCUUGUAAAUAGUUCCGAUAACGACACCCUUCUCGACUUCAAGAAUUCUCUCAUUAAUGGAGAUAAGUUAACCACCUGGAACCCAUUAACCACCCCAUGUGACGGAAAUACACCCAACUGGGAUGGUCUUCUUUGUGCCAACGACACCGUUUGGGGGAUACGACUCGAAGGAAAGGAGCUCGGCCGUACCAUUGAUACCAAAAUCUUGACCAAACUGCCAUCUUUGUUGACGAUAAGCUUCCAAAACAAUAGCUUUGAAGGUGGAUUUCCGGAGUUCAAAAGGCUACGUGGAUUGAGAAGUAUUUUCUUGACGGCCAAUAGGUUUUCCGGUGAGAUUCCAGCGAAUGCUUUUGAUGGGAUGAAAAGGCUUAAGAAGCUUUAUUUGGCAAACAACAAGUUCCAUGGUAAAAUCCCUGCGUCGCUAACCACAUUGCCGAAGCUAAGAGAUUUGUUGCUGGAGAACAACCGAUUUGAGGGUGAAAUACCUAUGUUUGUGAAAGAUAAUUUGACGAUCGUAAACUUUACAAACAAUAAUUUACGUGGUCCUAUCCCGAAACGGCUUCAGGAAUUCCCCGCGAGCCAAUUUUCCGGUAAUGGCGAGCUUUGUGGAGCACCACUGGGAACACAAUGCAAGGUGGCGACCUCCACUCCCGACUCCUCUUCCACCUCUCCCUCCACCUCCGCCACCAGCGGCAACAACACCUCCACCACCACAACCAUCAUAACAGUAUUGGUGGUUGUUGCAGCGGUGGUGGCAAUCGCAGCGGCUUUCAUCAUCCUCCAACAAUUCGGCCCAUCUUCCACAAAUUGUCUUCAAGUUUCAGCCUGCAAGAAGGGACCUUCAUCUGAACAUAACGAAAUGGAGCAAGGUUGUGCCACGGCCACAGCCGUGGUCAAAAAGGCUGAUGCGUUGACUUUCUUAAGAGACGAUGUAGAGAAGUUCAACCUGGCAGAGUUGUUGAAGGCGUCGGCGGUGAUCCUAGGUGGUGGGGCGUUUGGAUCAAGUUAUAAGGCUGUUCUCAGCCGCCAGAGAGUGGUGGUCGUGAAGAAGUUCGAGCAAAUGAAUAACGUCACAAAAGAUGAGUUCGUUAAUCAUAUGCAACGGUUAGGCAAGUUGGAUCACCCGAAUGUGCUACCCGUUAUCGCAUUUUACUAUCGGAGAGAAGAGAAACUCUUUGUCGUGGACUAUGUCGAAAACAUCAGCUUGGCCGUUCAUCUUCACGGAAACCGAUCUAGCGGAAGUCAAAGCCUGGAUUGGCCUACUCGGCUAAAGAUCGUGAAAGGAAUAGCAAGAGGGCUUAUACACCUUUAUAACGAGCUUCCAAGCCUUAUCGCGCCUCAUGGUCACCUCAAGUCAUCAAACGUUUUACUGAACCGAGAGUUUGAGCCACUCCUCACUGACUAUGGACUCGUUCCUAUAACCAACCAUGAACAGGCACGACAAGUCAUGAUCGCUUUCAAAUCACCCGAGUACAAGAAACAGGGACGCAUCACAAAGAAGACAGAUGUAUGGAGUCUUGGGGUGAUGAUUAUCGAGAUCAUGACGGGGAAGUUAUUGGCGAACUCGUUCAACCAAGGCAAAGGCGGUGACACCGAGCUAGCAGACUUUGUAGACUCGAUGAUGAAGGAGGAGGAGCUCACAACUGAUGUGUUCGAUAAAGAAAUGGGAGAGUUUGAUAAAGGUAACGAAGAGGAGAUGGUGAAGUUGUUGAAGAUCGGAUUGAGUUGUUGCGAACCCGAUGUAGACAAGAGAUGGGAUAUCAAAGAAGUUGUUGAUAUUAUCGAGAACGUGAAAGAGAAAAACGACGAUGGAGACACCAUGAACGACGAUGAUCGACAACAACGAUGA